GCCUCCCGCACCAAGUUGCGUCGGUGCCAUCCCUCCUCCCCCACAUCUCGCCGCCCUCGAAUUCUCAACUACCACAUCGAGCGUCGACACUCUGCGUUGAUAUGUCGGAUUAACGAUGGAGCAAAGGAGCAAGAACCAGGACAGCCCCGAUCAUCACCGGCCGCAGGAGCCAGCGGCGCCGCUCCCAUGCGCCAACGGUUGCGGCUUCUUCGGCUCCCCGGAUACCAGCGGCAUCUGCUCCAAGUGCUUCCGCGACAGUCUCCGCCGGGCCGAGGCCCAGCUGCAGGCGUCUGCGGAGGCCGAAGCGCCGGCAGCGGCGUCCAAGGAGCGAGAUGAGCGAGGGGCAGAGACCAAGAGCAGGAGCAGGUGCGCGGCGUGCUGGAGGAAGGUGGGGCUGAUGGGGUUCGAGUGCCGGUGCGGCGGCGUGUUCUGCGGCGAGCACCGCUACUCGGACAGGCACGACUGCGGCUUCGACUACAGGGCCGCCGGCCGCGCCGCCAUCUCCCAGGCCAACCCCGUCGUCAGGAACGACAAGGUCGACAAGUUCUGAACUACCACGCGCGCUCUUAGCUAGUAACUUGAUUUGGGCUUCCUCCAAUUUAGGAUCGAUCUCGUAUGGGUGCUUUAGAAUUGUGAUCGAUGGACUCGGGUCGAUCAUCUGUACGAGUGAUGCAGAAUACAAAUGGAUGAUUAUGUCA